GGAAUUUUACAGUCGCUAUUGCACUGAUUUGGUAUACGGUAGCCUAGCUACAUUUAUGUUGCAUUACUUUGGGUGUUUUGACGCUAUUUUCAUGCUAAUGGUAUUGGAACGUACUACAAAUGAAACAUGUAUUAGGGUCUACUACGCUUUAUGAUUCUUGAAAACUUCAUUUGAAGGCUCAGAACCUGUAAACUGUUACAUUGUAUCGGAUGACCACAAGUUGAAUGAAAUCAUUUGAUUAAUUUGUUCCAUGUUCACGACCCAGUUUGAUGCGCGCAACAACAGUUUUGUAUUUACCACUACCAGCGUAAACAGUUUGGAGGCAAUUACAACGAGCGUUGUUAUCACAGACUAAAAAUCUAAAGGACGCCAUGAUUCUUGUUUUCUUUCAGUGGGUAACAGCUGACACGAAGUGAAUUAGAAACAAAGGAAACACGCACACGCAUCGCUGACUGGUAUGCUCAUAAAGUAUUAUAGGGAUGCCCAAGGAACAAUAUGAUCCGCCAGACCCGAGGCGGAUGUACACAAUAAUGUCCACUGAGGAGGCAGCCAACGGGAAGAAGUCAUACUGGGCUGAGCUCGAAAUUAGUGGUAAAGUGAGGAGUCUGAGCACCUCAUUAUGGACGUUGACUCACCUCACUGCUCUUCAUAUCGGCGAUAACUCCCUCUCUCGUAUCCCGCCCGAUAUUGCCAAACUUCAAAACCUGGUGUACCUGGACCUCUCAUCCAACAAGAUCAGGAGCCUGCCCGCCGAGCUUGGCAACGUGGUGUCUCUCAGGGAACUUCUUUUAAACAAUAACCAGUUGCGGGUUCUACCUUUUGAGCUCGGAAAACUGUUUAAGUUACAAACACUGGGGUUAAAAGGAAACCCACUUGUACAAGAAAUAUUGAACCUCUACCAGGAGCAUGAUGGCACGAGGAAACUGCUAAACUACCUUCUGGACAAUCUGGCAGGGACCAAACGAGUCAACUCAGAGCAACCCCCACCCAGAUCAUGGAUUGUCCUGGCAGAGCCUGACCGGACACGAACAGCAGCCUUGUUUUCUGUGAUGUGCUACAACGUGCUGUGUGAUAAGUACGCCACGCGUCAGCUCUACGGCUACUGCCCCUCCUGGGCCCUCAACUGGGAGUACAGGAAGAAGUCCAUCAUGCAGGAGAUCAUGAAUUGCAACGCUGAUAUCAUCAGCCUACAGGAAGUGGAAACAGAGCAGUACUACAAUUACUUCCUACCGGAGCUGAAGGACCAGGGUUACGAGGGCUUUUUCAGCCCCAAGUCCCGCGCCAGGACCAUGUCGGAGUGCGACCGCAAGCAUGUAGACGGCUGCGCCAUAUUUUACAGAACUGAAAAGUUCAGCCUCGUGCAGAAACACACGGUGGAAUUCAACCAGCUGGCUAUGGCGAACUCUGAGGGCUCAGAGGCCAUGCUCAACAGAGUCAUGACCAAGGACAACAUUGGUGUGGCUGCUCUUCUAGAGGUGCGCAAGGAGAUGAUGGAGGAGUCUGUGGGGAAGUCUCUACACGGCAUGGAGAAACAGCUCCUCCUGGUGGCCAACGCCCACAUGCACUGGGACCCGGCGUACUCUGACGUCAAGGUGGUCCAGACCGUCAUGUUCCUGUCUGAGGUGAAAAACAUAGUGGACAAGGCCACGCGCAGCCUCAAGCUCUCCUCCGUCUCCGGGGAGACCAACACCGUCCCACUCGUCCUGUGUGCUGACCUCAACUCACUGCCUGACUCUGGUGUGGUGGAGUACCUGAGCUCGGGCGGAGUGGACAGCACCCACAAGGACUUCAAGGAGCUGCGCUACAUCGACAGCCUGACCAACUUCAACUGCAACGGCAAGAAUGGCACGUCCAACGGCAGGAUCACCCAUAGCUUCAAGCUGAAGAGUGCCUACGAAAAUGGCCUGAUGCCUUACACCAACUACACCUUUGACUUCAAGGGCAUCAUUGACUACAUCUUCUACUCUCAGCCUACGCUCAAUGUGUUGGGGGUUCUGGGUCCCCUGGAUCCUCACUGGCUCCAUGAGAACAAUAUCAGCGGCUGUCCCCACCCCCACAUCCCCUCCGAUCACUUCUCCCUGUUUGCACAACUGGAGCUGCUCCUUUCCUACCCGUCAUCAGUCAACGGAAUCCACCUGCCAGGGCGCAGGUAGUUAUCCGAGCCACAAGAGGGAGCUGUUGCUCCAACCUCAUUCUAUUUUUCCUGCAAAGUCGACAAACCCAUUCUGUAUCAAUCGAAAUACAAUAAGAGGAGUGGGGUAUGGCCAAUGUUUUCCCCAUGGAUUUUAACUGAAGCGAAAGUUCACGACGAUCACAACGAUAUGUCUUUAUCACAUUUUCUGGGCACAAUUUAAUGUUGUAUAUUUUUUUCACACCAUAUCCCACUUAGCAGUCCUGGGUGUUUCGUUAUUAAGUAACCUGCUGAUAAAUUGUUGAAUUGUAUUGUGUGGCAAUACCAUGAGACCCACAGGGAGUGCGUACAUCUGUAGAGUAGUUUCCCACCUUGUAUCACCAGUGAGAUAUUCUUCAUGUCAAAAGCAUGAGCUGCUGACUAACGGCAAGUAAACUGUAGGCUAUAAAAAUAGUCCCACACUAUAUAUAGGCUCCGAGUUAUUGAUUGUGUAAACCACCAACGUUUCGGCGUCAGUUCCACAGUGCCGAAACGUUGGUGGUUUACCCAAUAAAUUACUGGGAGCAUAUAUAUGUGUGUGUGUGUGUGUGUGUGUAUAUAUGUGUGUGUGUGGCUCUCUUUAUUUGUAUAUCCUACAGGGAUUCUUCAUGUCACCACAGUCAGUCAGAGCGAGCAGCAAAAUCUCAAGACACCACCAAUCAACUAGAUAAACCCACAAGGCCAAUAUACCAGCUUUAACCAGAGUCAGUCUCAGCCGCUCCAAAUCCAUUCCCUCGCAUUGCCGUAUCUUGCCAUAAAGAGUGUAACAGGUUUGGAGGUGCUGGAGAGAGCAGGCCAAACGAUGCACUUUUGCACUCACUGGUUCUGAGACCACCUCUCCAGGUGCUAAAAGCCCGUCCUCUAGCUCAGCGGCUCCAUUGUAAACUGAGUGGUGCAGUCGCUCUGUGCAGCUAAAGCACAACGGCAUUUCCAAACCUAAUCUUUGAAAGACUACUGUAAAAUGUCUAUUUUAGUGUAUGAUGCUAGGGUGAUAAUACAUGUAGGCCUGCAUGUUCCGACUGGUAGUUUAUCUAGACUCAUAGGAUUAACACCUCGGACUGGUUCUGUUUUUAUAGCCUAAUCACAAAUCUGAACAUCAGAGCAAAAUUAAGGGACUGCCUUUUUUAAUAUUGCAAUUCAAUUUUACCUUAGUCACGUGCCAUAGAGCCAUUUGAAUCUAGCAUCAGAUAUUAAAAUGUUAUGAAAACCACCAGUCAUUCACUGGGAAUUACCUUUAGUGAUCCUUAGCGAUGGGGCUUAGGGAUUUAGAAAGGGAAUACAGUCAUGGUCAGUCUGACUUGGCAGCUUCCAAACAUGUCUUAUGCCAGAGACCCCAUCUCUGACCCCAUAGCUGUGUAGCCAUAUGGAAUUGGGCAGGGGACAACUUGCUUUAAAUCACAUAUGUUUUAAAGCAGGGUGGACAUUCCCCCCAAAAACAUGCUCCAACAGACCGAUCUGUGGCGCUGUCUUUUAGGCCAGUAGCAAACCUUCCCUUACAUAGACAUCCCACUCUUCAAUUCAGGGUUAUUCCUCUCCAUUACUAAUAGCUAUUUGUUUGAUACAGGAACUUGGGCUCAACUUGAUUGUAUAUGAACUUCAGAAGUCCUAAUACACUGCAUUAUUUUGUACUUGUAAGUAUGGUCAGAUUUGGAGAAAAUGAUUGUAUUGUAAAUUAAGGCAACAUUUGUAUCCAUUUUAAUUGUUUAAAGUUAAGACAAUGAAAAAGACCAGCUUGUACAAAAAACAAAACAAUAGAGGUUUUUUCAGGUUUCCGCCGUUGAAAGUUGCACUCGACCAGGUUACAUUUUCCCGAUUUAACCACUUUUUAAAAUUGAGGCAGGUUUCUGGCAAUUUUCUCACAUCUGUCUUUGGCAUUUGCGGUAAAACCAUAAAACGUGCCUCCCUGAUUCUGUUCUCAAACGCACUGCCAGUGCUAUCAGUGAACACCUGAACAGCCUCCUAUUUUUCUCAAAUUUAAAACACCGUUAGAAGUUUGUUUUUUGUAUUAGCUAUCAAACAUAAUAUUAUUUCCUUGUCUCACUUAGUUAUUGAUUUUUAGAGUAAUCGGGUAAAGUGGCUAUUUUUGCUGGGCUCUUAAAAAAAAUAAUUAAACUGUAAACCGCUUUUGUCUCUUAAUGUGUUUAGAUCUGUUUUAUCAUGUCCUUUCUUCUUGUUUUGUCUUUCCGAGGAACCCGAUCAUGCAGAGGUCCUUACAUGGACGCCUCCCCCUCUUCCUCAGUCUAGUGUAAAAUAGUUGUAUCUAGAGCCACUGACUCCUCAACUCAGGCAAUUCUCUUUAAAUCUUGUUUCAUUUUGAGGUGUUUUCUUAUGUCUACUGCUAGACCACAGCGAUAUCUUCUAUUGUCUCUAGUGCCAUUUGAUACAUUCUACUUCAAGGCCAAUUGUUAAGUCAACUUACCACUUAUAUACUGUACAGAAAAUAUCAAGGUAAAAAAAACGAAAGGGGUCAUAAAAUGUAUUAUUCCUAAAUAUUGCUCUGAGCUUGUUGUGAGCCAGAGCUAUGGCGUGGUCCAGCUAGUUUCCAAACCACAGCUACAUGAAAAAUAUGAUCUGUUGACAGAUAUUUUCUCUCAAGGCCAAUUUGUGUGUUUUGUUGUGCUCUCCUGAAUUCUGUUUUUUAUUCAAUGGAUUGAUAAGCACUUAUUGUAGAUCACUAGUGCAGCUACUCGUGUGGCUUUUUUAAAAUUAUACUUUUGCUGUUUUGCAAAAGUAUAUUUUUUAUGAAUUUUACCAAGCAGGAGAAAACGGAUGGAAAGGGUUCCGUCUUGGUCCUUUUGUUGUCCCUUUCAAUUUUCCACCCUCUUUUUUUGUUUAGCUUUUCAACAAAAUAAAUGUAUCUGGUUAAUUAUAUUGGAUUGCUGAUGGUGUUGUAGCUAAAAUAGAUUUUUUUGUAAAUUGUGAAUAAAUUGUAUCACGUUUCCUUUCAUGAAUUGUGUAUCAUGACAAAUGUAUAAUCAUAAUAUGAUUGGUUUCUGUCUUUGCUCAUUGUUUUUUAUUUUGUGUAAUUCUCAAACCAAAUUUAUUUUUGUGAAAAUGUUGGCACACUGAAUUAUAGAUUUAUAUGGUUGCUAACUUUUGAUUUAAGAGAACAUGAUUUGAACAGUGUCUUUUUAAACAAUUGACAAACAUCUAGAGAAAAUAAAGUCACAGAUAAAGAUUUGUCAUUGUCACCAAAUGAGAUUCUCCAACUUUUACCUUUUAGCUUUAUAGAGCCUUGUUAUCGGAUGUGGGUACUGGGUAGGUAGGGGAUGUUGGGUAGUAGCCAAUGUUGAGGAGAUGGCUGGUGUAAAAGGCUCUUUGCUUGUAAAUGUACAGCAUUAUGAGGUUCCACUGAUUUGGCCAACAUUUAUGACCAUUUGACCCUUACACUAUUUCCCUGCUGUUUGAUCUGUUGGCAGACCCUAGAGGGUGGGAAUGGAGAUGUUUGGCAGGCACUAGUCAUGGCCUAGUUGAUUAACAACAUUUAGACCCAACUAAUCCCUGACACUAGGUGUCUUGCCUUCACAUCUCUAGCUAUCUCUGUUAUGUUUGAUAACUGGUGCAUGUAUGGGCACCACAGUCCUAGUUCAUAGGCAAAAUAUGCAUUUGAUGUGAGUGUCAGAUAAUUGGCACUGUCUUUAUGUAUAGUUUACCCGAACUUGGCAAUAAUAAAAACAAAAUUCUAAUUUUUGGAAUUUUUGGUUUGUAAUGCUUUGGCAGAAAUUACAAUUACCUGUCUUUUCCAUUUGAAUCUGUCUCCUUUUCAUUGACCUUUCUCAAUCUGUUUACCUUUCUCUCUUAAGUAGAAAUAGUAAUGCAAUGGUUAGGCUUGUGGCCAACUGAAAGUUAAGUGUAUAGAGGUAAUGUGUCACUAUGUAAUGCACUGGACCAACUCUUGUUUACCAUUUAUGGAAUACCAGCAACACACUUGCACAAUGUUUUAAAGAGUUAUGUAUUUGAAAAAUAUAUAGAUAAAACAUGGCAGCUGUUUUUAAUGUAAUAUUAGUACAUGUACAGCAACCUAAUGGUAAACAUGGUCUUCAUUAUUUCACUGUCAUCCUCUAGUCUUCUUGGUUCUCUUGAGUAGUUGUGUUUAUACCAAGGUCGGCUUGUUUCCUUUACACCUCUGUAUUUUUUCCUACUUCUGGUUGACAAUAAAAUUCUAUAUCUGUUUCA